AUGCCCGCGGUGUAUUCAGCCCUCAGUGCCCGGGCCGCGGACAUGGCCCCGCACUUGGUCAAGCGCAGUCUGACGGUGAACCAUACCCAGGCUGUCACCUUGGGAAUUAUGGCCGUUUAUGUCGUCGUGAUCGCACUUCUCUGGAAUUUACCAUAUGUUCGAUGGUCGUUGUGGCCGUUCAAGAUGCUGGUAAUCGCCUUUCACGAGUUUGGCCAUGCCAUCACCUCAUGCUGUACUGGUGGAAAAGUCAAGUCCAUCUCGCUUGAUCCCCACGAGGGCGGCGUGACCCAUAUGCAAGGCGGUAUCAGCGCCAUUACCCUGCCGGCAGGGUAUUUGGGUUCAUCCAUCAUCGGCGCCUUGUUGAUCUUUGCGGGAUUUGAUAUUGUGGCGAGCAAAAUUGCCAGCAUCGUCCUCGGCGUCUGUUUUCUGUUGACUCUGUGGUGGGCUCGGAGAGACUGGUUGACCAUCAUGACGAUUCUGCUGGCCGUCGGUCUGUUAGUGGCAUGCUGGUUCAUUGCUCACGGUGAAGCCUUGAGAUGGGUAGUGCUCUUCAUCGGUGUGAUGUCUGCCCUCUAUAGCGUCUGGGAUAUCUGUGAUGAUCUCAUUCUGCGCAAGGUGAAUUCCUCUGACGCUAGCGUCUUCGCUCGGAAAUAUGGAGGCUCUUCGCAAUGCUGGGGUGUCAUUUGGUCUAUUGUCUCUCUCUUGUUCAUGGCAAUCGGUAUCAUCGGGGGGAUUGCAGCGUUCCCCGAGUCUUUCAGCCAACAGGAGAGUGACUCCAAACACUUUAUUCCCACCUAG